GCUCCUCUGGACGCGUUCAUCUCACACGGCGCCAAGCGGCAGAGCUGAGUGUGAGGCUAUCCGUGAAUCGCUCCCAGCUGGACUCAGACCACAUUAGACCAGACCAGACCAGACUCGAGCGUCGGGCAGAGGCACACAGCGGGAACGAAAGGCAGUGAAGGGAAAAGGUAGUCCACUGCGCUCUUCUGCAGGGCACAUGACCGGCAGCGGGUGAAGAAUGCUGUCAAGCCGCUCCGUGGUGGUGGAGUGCGGGUAGUACAUGCCCAGCCGCUCCGGGGUUGAGGUCGCCUAGAAGAGCGGACUCUCCGGUUCUCGGGUGCAUGGGUUGGACAGCCGUACUUCUGGACUUUACAUCACACUGGACUAUUGGCUAGAUGCCUGUUCUGCAGUUGCCGUGAUUUUAAGGGACAUUACUGGGCAAUCAUUUUUUUCAGAAAGACCCCUUUCAAAGCCACAGAGUUAGAUUUAACAACACAGACUCCAAGUGGACUUUUCGUCGUCUCCAGUAUGGGACCUUCCAGAAAAAAAUCGUCCCGGGACAUUUAACAGCGCAUUGGAGUAAUGAAUUAGACGAGAGAAAUUAUCACAUUCGGUGUUUGUUCACUCUGAGUCCUUGUGCGCUCUGCUAUUACAAGUUAGCGAGAUGUUUUUGUGUCAUGUUCGGCACGGAGAAGUGUGCACAGAAAAACUUUGGAAUACGAUAGGUCACGCAUGCUGCAAGUUUAAUAAGUGUGUUUUAUAAUUUUUUUUGGUCCAAUCACAAGGGAUAAGAAGAGCAGAAAAGCGCACGCAAACGCACGGGAAGGGACACUAUUUACGUGCGUAUUUGGACACUGCCUAUCUCCAUUAUUCUCCGCGCUCUUGGGGAAGAUGGAAAAAAUAAACAGUUGAACCAGUACAAUGAGAACUUAUUUGGUGAGUGAACAGAUUUGAAGUCAUUAAAGCAGUUUAACCCUAGUAAGAUACGAACGUAUCUGUUUUUGCGCAGUUUCUUGUAUUUUUUCUUUUUUCUUUUUCUUUUUUCUGCUGUUGGGGACAGACGGAAAAAGCAGACAGUGUGCCGAUGCCUGGCAAGCUGGCUGUCAUGUGGGAUUGAUAGCAGGGGAGUAUGUUUGGGCUGGAGCAGUUUGGUUCUCAGAUUAAUAGCAGAAACCCUGGCCAGUCAGAGAGAAACAUAAACCAACCAAGACUGAACAUGGGCUCCCAUUAUAAAAGCCCUGGCUUUCACUCUGGAGGCCCGCCGGGAGCUGUGGAGCCCGGCAUGGGCCCUCUGAACGAGCCACCAAUGCUCGGGCUUAAUAUGAACAUGAACGGAGAGCAGUAUGGGGGUUUUCACCCACGGGGCCACUCGGACAUGCAUGGAGGUGGCGGACUUCAGCAGCAGCAGCAAGGACCCAUGCAUGGAUUUUUUAAUAACCAACAACCUCAUCAAGGACAUCCCCAUGGCCACCAGCCUCACCCCCAUCAACAUCAUCCUCACUUCAGUGGGAAUUUUGGAGGCCCAGAGCCAGGGUCAUCCUGUUUGCAUGGUGGCAGGCUAAUGGGCUACAACAACAAUGGCAUGGGACCACAGCAGGGCUUCGGAGAGGGAUUUGAUCCCCUCGCUGAGGGCCAGGCAGGGGACGGUUUCCCCCAGCAGCAGCAGAGGUCCGGUAACAUGCCUGACUUCCAACAUCACGGCCCUCCCAGUGGCAAUCAUGCUGUCCCUGCCCCUUGUCUACCCUUGGACCAGUCACCUAACAGGGCAGCAUCCUUCCAUGGUCUCCCUUCCUCCUCAUCCUCCUCCUCUGAGUCUCAUGGCCUGGAGCCUCGGCGGAUGCCCAACCAGGGAGCCGUUGAGGGAUUAGAGUAUAAUUUCCCCAGUGAGCCCCCAUCUGGACAUUUUGAUGUACCUGUAUUUUCACCUUCAGAAUCAGAAUCUCAGUUGCCCCAUUUUGGGCCAGGAAGGCCAGUUGGUAGUGGGAAUUUCCCAGGGAACCCUGGCAUGCCACGGACACCGGGUAUGCAGGGCAUCUCCAAAGGACACCAGCCACCCCCUCAACCUCAGCAGCCUCAGCCACCCCCACAGCACGGAGUGUUUUUUGAGCGGUUUGGAAAUGGCCGAAAGGUGCCUGUGGGAAUGGAACCAGGGGUAAAUGCGAGACAUCCUCUCAUGCAGCAGCAACAACAGGCUGGCUUGAUAGCGAGACAGAACUCAUGCCCCCCUGGCCUCCCCCGACCCCCUCAGCCUGAGCCCGGCUCUACCAACCCUAACAUUCUGGAUGGAGGGGUCAUGAUGCCUGGCCAACACAACCAGUUUGAAUAUCCUAUUCACAGACUGGAAAAUAGGAGCCUGCACCCCUAUGGGGACCCCAUGUUUAAUAUGCAACAGCCAGCUCCUCCUCCUCCCUCCCAGCAGCCCCCGAAUCAGAGACUGCAACACUUUGACUCUCCUUAUAUGAACAUGGCUAAAAGGCCAAGAUUUGAGUUCCCUAAUGCACAUGGUGGUGAAGGUUGGGGUGGUGGCAUGGAGAACCACCUCUCCCCCUCCGCCUACCCAGGGCUACCUGGAGAGUUCACCCCACCUGUGAGUGAAGGUUUCCCCCCAGGUCCCCUACAGCAUGCAGGGCCUGAGCAGCAGUCUCUGCAGCAACGGCAGAAUGCAGCCAUGAUGAUCAAACAGAUGGCCUCUCGCAACCAGCAGCAGAGAAUGAGGCAACCCAGUUUGCAGCAGCUGGGUCAUCACGGUGAUGUUCCUCCUGGCCCCAUGGUUCAUGGAGGCCCAGUGGGGAGCAUGCCUCAGCCCAACUUUGAGAGGGAGAAUGGUGGCAGAAUGCCCAAUUUUGACGGACAGAAUCCUCACGUAACUCAGGAGAACUCCUGGUUCCCGGGGUCCCACCCACCAGGGGAGAUGAUGUCACGGCGUAUGGGUGGAGCGGGUAAUGAGUCAGGGGCCCACGACAUGGGGCUGCAGCAGAACGGGGCUGGGAUGAUGUUUAGGCCAGGCAUGGGUAUGCAGGAGCCCAUGAGGAUACCAGGAGACGGCCACGUACAGGCUCUCCAUUCCCCGGGCAUGCACUCCCAGUUCAGCGGCAACAUGGGCAACCUCUCACAGAUGCAGUCUCCAGGAGCAGGAGUAGGGCAUCCGAAUGCACCAGCAGAGAGGCGGCCAGCUGACUUCCCUGCACCUCCUAUGGGAGCUCAGCCAACGUUUCCCUAUGGAGGGGCUAACCGUCAGGGGCCAGCCCACAGCGCUCCCCAGGGAGUGAGCACCUCACCAGGGAGCUACCCUCCUCAGUCUGAGUUCCCCUCAGGCCAGCGGUCGUCUGUUAGUAAGCUUGGAGCUCUCUCCCUAGGGAACUUUAGUAAAACCAGCACUAAAGACAAUGUUUUCGGUCAGAGCUGCUUGGCAGCCCUUUCCACGGCCUGCCAGAACAUGAUCGCUAGCCUAGGGGCCCCCAACCUCAACGUAACAUUCAACAAGAAGAACCAAAAUGAGGGCAAGCGAAAACUGAGUCAGACAGAGCAGGACAUUAAUAGCAGCACAGCUAAUGGGACUGGCAGUGCUGGUCCUGAAUAUUUUCAGAGCGGCACUUCCCAGAACAGCCAGAUGCCUGGCACUGGGAAUAGCAACGCUAAGCCUGCAAGUCAAAGCCAGACGGUGCAGGGGGAAGCCAGUGCCCUCUCCCCAAAUUACAACAUGGACGCUACCCCAUGCAGUGAGGGGAAAGCAACAACAGGGAGUGGGAGAGGGAGAGGGAGGAGAAAAAGAGACAGUGGACAUGUAAGCCCUGGAAUUUUUUUUUCCUCUGACAACGGUAACCCUGUUGUAAGUCCAGGCCAGCAGACCCCCUCGGCUGGCAUUGGGGAGAGGGGUGGGGGUACACCCCAUGAGAAACCGCUUCAGUCCCCCUCAUGGGGGAAAGGAGGUGACCUAAUGCUGGGGGACCAGGCAGACCUGAUGUCUUCUCUGGACAGUGGCAUUCAAAGUGUCACCAAGUCUGACAGUAGCUCACCGCGAGUGGACUUCCCUGACGAUGUCAGCACCCACUAUGGCAAUGAGGAUGAGGUGUCCUCCAGCUCAGAUGCAGGAGGGGCCUCGGCCACCAAGCCUAACCGCAGCCCCAUGAUCACCGGCUCACCCAAACUGCAGAGAGGUGACCAUGGGUUGAUAAAUGGACAGAAGCCCCUUGGCAUGGGCAUUAACAAUCAUACUACCUCGACUCCCGACAGCUAUGGACUGAGUGCUGGUGGGGGCACAGGGGGCAACGGGGUGAGCCACCCGGGCACUCCUGGGAUGGAGCAGGUACGAACCCCGUCCAGCACCUCCGGCCAGGAUGAGAUUCAUCCUCUGGAGAUUCUGCAGGCCCAGAUCCAGCUACAGCGGCAGCAAUUCAGUAUCUCAGAGGACCAGCCGCUGGCUAUGAAGAAUGGAAAAAAGAAUGGCGACUGUCCCUCACAGAACGGAGACAAUGAGCUGGCGAGCUGCAGCCCGGAUGCUGGGAAGGGCUCAAUGGGCACUAUUGACCUUGACACCCUCAUGGCAGAGCAGCACGCCACCUGGUACGUGCCCAGCGACAAGGCCAUGAUGGACGGGCCAGAGGAUGACAAGGCCAUGGGGCCCUGGGAAAAAAACAAGAGCCAAAAUAACAGUAAAGAAGAAUCGGAGCUGUCCCAGAGUAAGGCCGGAGCCGGGGGCCCCGGGGCCGGAGGAGGAGGUGGCAGCGGAGGGAACCACCUGCAGUGCCUGUCCGUCCACUGCACAGACGAGCUGGGGGACAGUAAGGGCCGAGGGGGGCCCGUCUCCUCCUGGCGCUCCCUCCACUCUGAUAUCUCCAACCGCUUUGGGACAUUCGUGGCGGCACUGACUUGAACAGAAAUCAGGCCCAAUCACAAGUAGGAAAACAAGAUCACAAAAGGAGACGAAGGCAAGAGUCAGAGACAAAUAACAGUGAUGAUGAUGAUGAUGAUGAUGUUGAUGAUGAUGAUGAAGAGGUGUCAAUGAGACGACUGCAAGCGGCUCUUGCCUGUUCAGGGAGAGAAAGACAUUGACACUUUUACACAUAUACACAAAUACAAACAUACACGCAUACACGCACACACACACAUGCAAAUACCAUGUUCUCUCUGACACACAAGGCCACACUUUAGGACACACGCGUACACACUGCUGGACAAUACAGCGCGGGCUCUACCCAGCGACGCCCACAUCUGGAAAACCUCAAGUCAAUAUUUUGUUCUUUUGUUGUUGUUUUUUUUCUGAAGAAAAAUAUAGAAAUGUCAAAGGAGGAGAAUACGAAACCGGAAGACGUAGAAAUACUCAAUUGUCAUUGGCUGUGAUGCUAUACCAGUGUUGAGUCUGUUGAUGUGACUGUGCUCUCAUGACAUUCACUGUUACUGACCACAGCCCCUCUGCUCUCACCUCAGUCGUUCUCACAGCCCCAUUCGGUGUACGCCAUCCUCUCCCUCCACACACACACACACACACAUUUCCCCUUUAAGUCCCACUGUCACUAAAUACACAUGCUGAUUUUCCCCCGACACUCGAGGAAGCCCUACUGGUGCAUCAGGAGAGGCUUGUGACGAGAGGGAGACGGGAGGAGGGGUGAGAGCAGAGGAUGCAUGAAUGUAACUGAGGAAUUUUUUUUUUUUUUUUAGUUCUGAUACAACUUUCUGCCUCUUUGUCAAAGUCAAUUUUAACCGGUAUCUUUUUGCUGCUGUUAAUCAUUUAGGAUUUGAUGUAGUUGUCAGACUUCACAGAAUAGAUACAGUUUGUUUCUUUAUGCUGAUGGCAAACUCUCUUCUCUUCUCUUCUCUCGAGUAUUAUCUCCCCCUUUUUUCCCCCUGUUAUCAACUAAAUCAGCUCAACUACUUGUAUACAAUUCAGCCAAUGGGAACUGAAACAAGGGAGGUCAAGGGACUGUUUAAUAAGGGAAUUGAAAAAAAAAAAAAAAAAGACUAUUGGUAUUGCACAUGUAAAAUAAGAGAAAAUUUGCUGUGUGUUAGGCAAUC